GACCCCCAUUGCUGAGCGAGGCUGUGGGACCUGAGUAAGCCAGACAGGGAGGGAGAAGCCUUUGUUCCACCACUCCACCACACUCUGCUACACUCCGACACUCUCUCCUCUCUUGUGGUGUAAGAGCGGGCCGGGCUGAAGCUUGUGACGUCCUCGUGCCUUGAGGAACUAGUGGACAAUAUAUGUUCGUUGAGAGUCGCGAUUUGCAUGGAAGAACAAAAACCCUGCAUUUAAUUGUCAAUGUGAAGAUCUGUGUGAAAUCUAAAUGGAGUGCGAGUGAGGUUCAGGCGUGUGGAGCCUGUUCAACGGGGCAGGGCUCUGUAAUAUACACAGGGUUCGGCGAUAUAGAAGUUUUUGUGCAGAGAUUUUGAGAUUCUGCGGUACGAUGCCUGCUGUGAACGGAACAGAUGUCCCCAACAACAUACCAGCCCCUGCAAUGGUGGCCCAACAGGCUGCCAAGAAGGGGCCCAAGUCAGUGGAGACAGUCUACCAAAAGAAGACUCAGCUCGAGCACAUCCUGCUCCGUCCAGACACCUACAUUGGUUCUGUGGAAUUCACAACAGAACAGAUGUGGAUUUUUGACACUGAGACGGACAGGAUUGUGCAGAAAGAGAUUUCAUUUGUCCCAGGUCUUUAUAAGAUUUUUGAUGAAAUCUUAGUCAAUGCUGCUGACAACAAGCAAAGAGACCCUGGGAUGGACACAAUCAAGGUUGAGAUUGACCCGGAGAAUAAUGUAAUAUCAGUGUACAACAAUGGAAAGGGUAUCCCAGUAGCCAUGCACAAGGACGAAAAGAUGUAUGUGCCCACCAUGAUCUUUGGUCACCUCCUUACUUCUUCAAACUAUAAUGAUGAUGAACAGAAGGUUACUGGAGGUCGAAAUGGUUAUGGUGCCAAGCUUUGCAACAUCUUCAGUAACAAAUUUGUUGUAGAAACUGCCUCUAAAGAAUACAAGAAGAAUUUCAAGCAGACCUGGGGAACAAACAUGAGCAAGACAAGUGAUGCAAAGAUCAAAGAAUACGGCGGUGAAGACUACACAAAGAUCACAUUCUCUCCAGAUCUUAUUAAGUUUAAGAUGGAGUCCUUAGAUAAGGACAUUGUUUCUCUAAUGUCCAGGAGAGCUUAUGAUAUUGCAGCUUCAACUAAAGGGGUCAAAGUGUAUCUGAAUGGCAAACGUGUCCCGGUGAAAAACUUCAAGGAUUAUGUUGAUUUGUACCUGAAAGACAAAGUGGAUGAUGCUGAUAACCCAGUGAAAGCUGUGUAUGAGAAUGUUAAUGAGCGGUGGGAGGUGGCAGUGGCUCUCUCUGACAAAGGAUUCCAGCAGAUGUCCUUUGUAAACAGCAUAGCCACUACUAAGGGAGGACGUCACAUUGACUACGUGACAGACAUGAUUGUGAAAAACCUUACCGAAACACUCAAGAAGAAGAACAAGAGUGGUGUGCAGAUUAAACCAUUCCAGAUUAAGAACCACAUGUGGAUCUUCGUAAAUUGUUUGAUUGUGAACCCCACCUUCGACUCCCAGACAAAAGAGAACAUGACUCUCCAAGCCAAAAGUUUUGGAUCCAAGUGUAGUUUGUCAGACAAAUUCAUAAACAAUGUAAUGAAGUGCGGCAUUGUGGAGGCAGUCAUGACGUGGGCAAGAUUUAAGCAGCAAGCACAGCUACAGUCCAAAUGUGCCAACAGGAAGCAAAACAAACUGAAAGGUAUUCCCAAACUAGAGGAUGCUAAUGAUGCUGGAACAAAAUUCUCAUCUGACUGCACUCUCAUCCUCACUGAGGGAGACUCAGCUAAAGCCUUAGCUGUUGCUGGACUUGGUGUGGUUGGAAGAGACAGAUACGGGGUUUUCCCGCUUAGAGGUAAAUUGCUGAAUGUACGAGAAGCAUCACACAACAAAAUCUUAGAAAAUGCUGAAAUUAACAACAUUAUUAAAAUCUUGGGACUACAGUACAAGAAGAAGUAUGAGUCCUCCGAUGACCUGAAGAGUCUCCGCUAUGGCAAGCUCAUGAUCAUGACAGAUCAGGAUCAGGACGGUUCUCACAUCAAAGGCCUGUUGAUCAACUUCAUCCACCACAACUGGCCCACCCUUCUCAGACACACUUUCAUGGAGGAGUUCAUUACUCCCAUUGUCAAGGCCACAAAGGGCAAGGAAGAACUGUCCUUCUACUCUUUACCCGAAUUUGAGGAAUGGAAGAAGAACAAAGAUAACUGGCCUAGUUACAAGAUAAAGUACUACAAAGGUUUGGGUACUUCCACCUCAAAGGAGGCUAAGGAGUACUUUAAUGAUAUGGUGCGACAUAGAAUCCGCUUCAACUAUGGUGGGGCACAAGAUGACCACUCCAUUCAGAUGGCCUUCAGUAAAAAAGCCAUUGAACAGCGUAAGGAGUGGUUGACAGGGUGGAUGGAGGAGUGUAAACGCCGGAAGGAACUGGGUCUACCGGAAGUGUAUUUGUACGAGCGUGACACCAGAGCUAUCUCAUACACUGACUUUGUCAACAAGGAGUUGGUUCUCUUCUCCAACCUUGAUAAUGAGCGAUCCAUUCCAUGCAUGGUUGAUGGUCUAAAGCCUGGUCAGAGAAAGGUCCUCUUCACUUGUUUAAAACGAAAUGACAAACGUGAGGUAAAAGUAGCUCAAUUGGCUGGCUCAGUUGCAGAACAUUCAGCAUACCAUCACGGUGAAGCAUCUCUCAUGUCAACAAUUAUUAACUUGGCUCAAAAUUAUAUUGGGUCAAACAAUAUCAACUUACUCCAGCCCAUUGGUCAGUUUGGUACUAGACUGCAGGGAGGCAAGGAUCAUGCCAGCCCUCGAUACAUCUUCACAAUGUUGAGCAAACUAGCCAGGUACAUAUUCCAUCCUCAUGAUGACCCCCUGUUAAAGAGCAACUUUGAUGACAACCAGCGUAUUGAGCCAGAGUGGUACAUGCCGAUCCUUCCCAUGGUGUUGGUCAACGGUGCAGAAGGUAUUGGUACAGGUUGGAGUACCAGGAUUCACAACUACAAUCCUCGAGAAAUUGUAGAAAAUCUCAAAAGAAUGUUGAGAGGGGAAGAGCCAACUCGAAUGAUACCAUGGUUCAAGGAUUUCCGAGGCACAGUUGAAGAACUUGAUUCUCAAAGAUGUAUUGUGCAUGGAGAAGUUGCAAAUUUGGGUGGCAACAAAAUAGAAAUCACUGAACUGCCAAUCAGAGUUUGGACCCAAGCAUACAAAGAGACCGUCCUGGAGGGUAUGCUUGCCAGUUCAGAGAAAUCUCCAGCCAUGAUUACUGACUACAAGGAAUAUCACACUGACACGACAGUACGCUUCACAGUGACCAUAUCAGAAGCCAAGUUAAGCAAGGCCAUGGAAGAAGGCCUCCACAAAACCUUUAAACUUACAUCUUCUCUCUCCACAAACUCCAUGGUGUUGUUUGACCACAAUGGUGUUCUACGGAAAUUUGAGGCUGUAGAAGAAAUCCUCCGUGAGUUCUUUGAUCUGCGCCUCAAGUAUUACAGCAAGAGAAAGCAGUAUUUGGUAGGCAUGAUUCAAGCUGAAGCAUCCAAGCUGUCCAACCAGGCAAGGUUCAUCCUAGAGAAGUGUGACGGACGUCUAGUGAUUGAGAACAAAAAGAAAAAAGACAUGAUUGCCGAACUCCAACGCAAGGGCUUUGAUUCUGAUCCUGUCAAGGCAUGGAAGAGAGUACAAGACAGAGAAGCUGCUUUGGAGGAAGAGGAGCUGCAGUCUGAGUCUGAUCAGGAAGAAGUGGAUUUGAAGGGCCCUGACUAUGACUAUUUGCUUGGUAUGGCAAUGUGGAGCCUUACCAAGGAAAGGAAAGAUGAGCUUCUCAAAAAACGAGAUGAGAAGAAUCAAGAGUUAGAAGUCCUCAAGAAGAAGACCCCAGAAAACCUAUGGUUGAACGAUCUUGACGAGUUCCUUAAUAAGCUUGAUGAAGUAGAAAAAGAGGAGCGCGAGAGUGAGGAAGCAGCCAACAAAAAGAGCAGCCAAGGAACCAAGAAAGUGAAGAAGGUGAGAACUAAGUACUCUGUGGGAUUGAUUUCUGGCGUGGAUAAGCUAGGAUGGGAUUGGCUCUGGGGAAUUGUCAUUUUGUAUUUUCACUCUUAUAAUAGUUAUUGUGCAUUUUUUUUAUUUGCUUGGUAUGGCAAUGUGGAGCCUUACCAAGGAAAGAAAGAUGAGCUUCUCAAAAAACGAGAUGAGAAGAAUCAAGAGUUAGAAGUCCUCAAGAAGAAGACCCCAGAAAACCUAUGGUUGAACGAUCUUGAUGAGUUCCUUAAUAAGCUUGAUGAAGUAGAAAAAGAGGAGCGCGAGAGUGAGGAAGCAGCCAACAAAAAGAGCAGCCAAGGAACCAAGAAAGUGAAGAAGCUGAAAAAUGAGACAAUGCCAUCACCGUUUGGAGAAAGAGUAGUUCCUUGCAUUGACCCAGAAUUGAAGAAGAAGGCUGAAAAAGCAGCAGCAGCAAAGGAAAACAAAGGCAAACGGGUAAAGAAGGAAGUGUUAGAGAAUGAUGACUUUGAUGACCUUGUGGCUGCUAACACUGGCAAAUCCCUCGCUGCACGGCUAGGCAAUUCACCUGACAUGAUCUUGAAGAAAGCGAAGGCAAAGAAGGGUGAUGGUAUGAAGCAGACAAAGCUCAGUUUCAAGAAAGGAUCUCCAAAGAAGAAGAAAGGAAAGAAUCCUUGGGAGUCAGGAUCUGAAGAUGAUGAUGAGGAUGAUGAUAUUGAUGCUGAUGAUGUCCAACCGAGAGAACGUGCUGCAGGAAGACGCACAGCAGCGGCCAAAAUCAAGUUCCAGUUCAGUGAAGAUGAGGAUAGUGACAGUGAUGGAUCUCUUCAUGACAAUGCUGGUGUGGAAGAGGCAGACUCAGCACCUCAACAGGUGUCCAUUUUGGAUGAGUCUGUUGCGAAAGUAGAACCAAAAGAUGAGGUCGUUAUAAGUGAUACAGAUUCAGAAUUUGAUGUAAAACCCAAGAAAACCACUGUUGUACCUGUAGCGCAAGACAAACCCACAGCAUCAGAUCUGUUUGACUCAAUGAUGGGAUCCUCAAGCCCACCCAAAUAUGAACCUGAACCUGCCGUAGUCAAAAAAGCUCCCGCCAAGAAGCGCACCAAGGAUGACAGCAGUAGUGAGGAAGACAGUGUGCCACAGCCCAAGAAAAAGCCAGGACCUAAGAAGAAGGCUACCGUGGUCCCAGAUGACAUGUCCGACGAUGACCACAAGCCCAAGAAGAAAGGCCGUCCCAAGAAGAAGGCUUCCCCUGACAAUGACAUGUCCGACGAUGAGCCCAAGCCCAAGAAGAAGCCAGGCCCAAAGAAGACUGCUGCAGCAAAGAAGAAGAAUGACUCUGAUUCAGAUGACAUGUUUGAUGACAUAGCCCCUAAGGGUAAAGCAGCUUUGAACGUGUCUGACGACUUCAAUAUUUCUGAGGUUGCUCCAAGGGAGCGGUCUGGGCGACAAAAGAAAGUAAUCACCUAUGCCCUAAGUGAUGAUGAUGAUGACUCUGAUUAUUAGACUCUGUGGGCAUAAGAUGUCUGAACAAGUACCUUGAAAGAGAAGAGGAGAGACCUGAGGCAAACAUUAGAUGCUAAGUAGAAAUGCUCUUUCUUUGAUAAUGAAAUUGCUCCUGUAUUUUAAGGAGCUGGUCAUUGCUGUAUUAUAAGUAUUCUAGAGCAUUGUCAACUUAUUUUAUUUACAUUUUUUUAAUAUUUUAUUUUAUCUUUUCAUUUGUACGAAUUUGUAACAAAAAUAGCUAUAAUAUUAGUAUGAAAGGACAAUUUUUAAGCUGUUGGGACCCUUUGUAUUAGGCUUAUUCAAAGUACUGUGUAACAAUUUAAAUCUUUUUAAUGAUAGACUUUCAAGUACAAAGGGAUUAUGAAAAGUCUGCUGAUACAGUUGCUUUUAUUUGAUGCUGUAUUUUUUUAAUGUCUCAUCAAUGGUAUAUAUUUACAAAAAUACUUAUAAUAGCUGCAAUAAAAAUACUUAUGUAUUUUUCAAUAAAUUCUUUUAGGAGAAAUUUUUGUAAAAGAUAAUAAAGAGACUUACCAUGUGCUGUAGAUAUAUUCCAGGAAAACUUUUUUUUAAGGUGUAAUGAGAUAGUAAUGAACUGUGACAUUUUGUGGAGCAACAGAGGAGCAGGUAUUUUAGUCUAAGUCUAGCACAAACUUUGGGAAAUCUUCAGGCUCUUUUGUUGUCUUUUUUCAAUUAUUUCAAUGUGAAUUAAAAAAAAAAUAAAAAAAAAGGGAAAAAAAUGCUAGCUGAUUGUACCAAUAUAUAUUUUGGUAAAAUCCAGUAAAGUAAAGAAAUUGUUUUAUUUUUUUUUAGGUUUCAGCGCUAUUUAUUUUCCUUCACCUUUCUGUCGGGACUCAAAGUCCCUUGUCUACUAUCAGUUUUUGAAAAUAAAGUAGAUAGACUGGA